AUGGAAGGAGAUAAAUGUUGUUCAAGUUUGUUUCAAAGGUGCAAGCCAUACAUAGCUAUGAUUUGUCUUCAAUUUGGUUUUGCUGGUAUCAAUAUAAUAACAAAAGUAUCGCUCAACCGAGGAAUGAGUCACUAUGUUCUUGUUGUUUAUAGACAUGCUUUUGCUACAACAGCUAUUGCUCCAUUCACUAUAGUUCUUAAGAGGAAGAUAAGGCCAAGGAUUACGUUUCUUAUGUUCAUGCAAAUGUUUGUAUUGGGACUCCUCGGGCCUGUGAUUGAUCAGAAUCUAUACUAUGCUGGGUUGAAAUUCACAUCUCCAACAUACUCUUGUGCUAUUAGUAAUAUUCUCCCUGCAAUGACUUUUGUAAUGGCUGUUAUUUUUCAGAAAUUGGACAUAAAAAAAUUAAGAUGCCAAGUAAAAGUGAUUGGAACUGUAAUCACAGUUGGUGGGGCUAUGGUGAUGACAUUAUACAAAGGACAAGUUAUGAAUAUAUUGGGUUCUCAAUACAUGCAUCAUCCUAGAAACUAUGUACCUGAAAACAAUAGUGAUUCUGGUGAAAAGGAUUGGGUUAAAGGUUCAAUCCUUCUCAUAAUUGCUACCUUUGCUUGGUCUUCUUUCUUCAUCCUCCAGGUAGUGACAUUAAGACAAUAUUCAGCACAACUUUCACUGACAGACAUAGUAUGUUUCUUGGGAACACUUCAAUCAAUAGCAGUUACAUUUGUUAUGGAGCAUAAACCAAAUGUUUGGAACAUUGGUUUGGACAUGAAUUUAUUAGCUGCAGCCUAUGCUGGUAUAAUAUCAUCAGGUCUUACAUAUUAUGUACAAGGAAUUGUGAUGCAAAAGAAAGGACCAGUUUUUGUGACUGCUUUUAGUCCUUUGAUGAUGAUCAUUGUAGCAAUCAUGGCCACUUUCAUCCUUGCUGAAAAAUUUUAUCUUGGAGUUGUUAUUGGAGCAAUUUUGAUCGUAAUAGGACUUUACUCCGUUCUAUGGGGCAAAAAUAAAGAAAACAAAGAGAUUGAAGCGGAAACAAAAACAGAAAGAACGGAGUGUUAUGUAAAAAUUUGGAGGCUGGUUAUGUUAAGGGUAAUUGGGUCUUCUUUUAGGAUGACUGUACAUAUCAGUAUACUGAUUAUUUAG